AUGGCUCGGAAGUCCCUGGUCCUGCUGCCAUGGCUGGUCCUGGCGCUGCUGGUGCUGGGGUGGGUCCAGCCUUCUCUGGGCAAGGAAUCGCCGGCCAUGAAGUUCCAGCGGCAGCACAUGGACUCCGGCAGCUCCCCAGGCAACAACUCCAACUACUGCAACCAAAUGAUGAUGCGCCGAAAAAUGACCCAGGGACGGUGCAAGCCAGUGAACACGUUUGUGCACGAGUCCCUGGAAGAUGUCAAGGCCGUCUGCUCCCAGAAAAACGUCCACUGCAAGAAUGGGAAGACCAACUGCUAUGAGAGCAACUCCACCAUGUACAUCACAGAGUGCCGCGAGACGGGCAGCUCCAAGUACCCCAACUGUGCCUACAAGACCAGCCAGAAGGAGAAACACAUCAUCGUGGCCUGUGAGGGGGACCCGUAUGUGCCAGUCCACUUUGACGGUUCUGUGUAG